AUGAAACAACAAGCUUUUCUUACAUUGCCAACAAACAAUAAUGCCACCUAUUGUCAUGCAACAACCAUAACCACCAUCACCACUACUUCUACCUUCAAUGGUGCAGCAGCGAACACCUCUCAAAUGGUGGUUGCUAUCAUUCUUACUUCUCACUUUCCCAUUCAUCAUUCAAACGAUAAAUCAUCGUUGGAUUCACAAGAAAUUACACCCGUCGAUCAAUCUUCUCUCCUUGAUUGCUCUUUGACACAACAUCCUCUCUCAAUAAGGAAAACAACCACAAUUACGGAAGAAUACCAAAAUAAGUUUCCCUUAGAUGUAAGCCAUGCCAGCGAAUCUCUCUUGAGAAGAAUGAAUUCAACAACGCAACAUCUUGGUGAGGGCAGUUCGGUCGUCAAUUCAUCAGAACAUCAUCAACAUAAAGAGGAUCAAGUAACCAACAAUAAUCUCAAAACCUUGGAUUCCUCAAAGCUAAUUCCGCUUAGAGAGAUUCCAAAGAAAUUGCAUUCCAAUCCAACAUCCCUAAAGAAGAACCUUCCUGCACAUCACAAGAAAAACAUUCAUGAAAAGAAUCAAGAAGAGAUCUCUUCAGAAUCAACAAAAAGGAACAUUCAAUUCGUUCAAGUCAAACAUCAGGUGAGAAAGAGAGUUCGAAGAGAAGCUCAAUUGAUGCCUUACGAAACACUGUUGCACUUUGAAAACUCUUCUACAGGAACAAAUGUGAGCAAGCCAAAACCUUAA